AUGUAUCUCAAGGCAGCGUUCCUCUUCUCUCUCCUCGGCUCUUCGCUCGCCCUCCCCUCUCGUACCAACAGCCCCAAAGUCAAGAGAGGCGUUCUCACAGUCCAGGAUUACUCGGAAUUCCAGGUCUCUGAUGGCGUAGCUGGCAACGCCCUCGCCGAAGUCAACGCCAAGUUCCCCAUCGAUCAAUCAGACCUUGCCUCGGUCGACGAGGAGGACCUUGCCAUUCUCAAGGCGGCGCGCGAGACGGCCGAGGCGGCAGAGACGCAGGAGGGCGGGUUCAACGAGGCCAUCGAGGCUGCCGGCGGCGACGAGACGGAGGCGGGCGCGGCUCUGCAACGGGGCAAGAUCAAGAAUAAGGUGCUCAAGUUGCAGCUGUCGGUGCUGGCGCUGCAGAUUGAGGCCGCCCAGGGCAAGGACACGGCUACGAAGCUGGCUGAACAGCAAAAGAAGCUGCAGAAGAACAUCCAGCUCGACGAAGCCGAGGCCGGCCAACCAAGCACGCCGGUUGACUUUCAGGGGACUUCUCAACCUAACUAA